UGGUUCAUAGAGAUAUCACGAAAGUCGUGAGUGAGUUCUGUUUUUUGAUAGUUCAAAACGUUUGUUGUUAACUAGCAUUGUAAUGUUAACAAUAUUUGUGCGUUCCUAAUGAUAUAAAAAUAACAUUUAUUCUUUUUUAUAUGAAAUUUUCGGAAUAAAAGAAGUGAAAGAUGGAAACCACGUGUGUUAAAAUGUCAGCGAUAACGCUAUUUGUAGCCGUAAUCGCUGCUUUAAUCGGUCAAAGUGAAGAAAUAGCUGUCAUGAGCAUUGACAUUGGUAGCGAAUGGAUGAAAGUUGCAAUAGUUUCUCCAGGUGUACCUAUGGAAAUAGCUUUGAAUAAGGAGUCAAAAAGAAAAACUCCAGCUACAAUAGCAUUUCGAGAUGGAGAACGGACAUUUGGCGAAGAUGCGCAAGUUGUAGGACUUAGAUUUCCACAAAGCACUUUCUCUUACAUAUUAGAUCUUCUAGGAAAAUCUAUAGAUAAUCCAAUGGUUAAACUUUAUUCCAAGAGAUUUCCUUAUCAUGAUAUUAUAGCUGAUGAUGAACGUCAAACAAUAGCAUUUAAAAUUUAUGAAAAUAUCACCCAUACACCAGAGGAAUUACUCGCACAGAUACUUCAUAAAGGAAAAGAAUUUGCAGAAUUUUCAGCUGGACAAAAAGUUAAUGAAGCGGUGAUCACUGUACCAGGAUAUUUCAAUCAAGCUGAAAGAAGAGCUCUGUUGCAAGCAGCUGAACUUGCGAAAAUCAAAGUAUUGCAACUUAUCAAUGAUUAUACCGCAGUUGCAUUGAAUUAUGGUAUAUUUCGUAGAAAAGAAAUUAAUGACUCUGUGCAAUAUGUAAUGUUUUAUGAUAUGGGUGCUAGCAGUACAACGGCAACCGUAGUCAGUUAUCAAAAUGUUAAGACGAAGGAAAAAGGAUUUGUCGAAACUAAUCCACAUGUUAACAUAUUGGGUGUAGGAUACGAUCGCACCCUUGGAGGAUUAGAAAUGCAAAUCAGAUUACAAAACUAUUUGGCUAAAGAGUUUGAUGCUUUAAAUAAAACUCCUAAUUCCGUGUUCAAUAGUCCAAGAGCAAUGGCAAAACUCUUUAAAGAGGCUGGACGUGUUAAAAAUGUGCUUAGCGCCAAUGCUGAUCAUUAUGCUCAAAUCGAAGGUCUGAUAGAUGAUUAUGAUUUUCGAUUACAAGUUACCAGAGAAACUUUCGAAAGUAUUUGCUCCGAUUUAUUUGAACGUGUCUCAAAUCCUGUCAAAAUUGCCCUAGAAACUUCAGCUUUAACGAUGGAUGUAAUAUCUCAAGUAAUAUUGGUGGGAGCUGGUACACGUAUGCCAAAAAUUCAAGAAAAAUUGAUGGAAUACGUCAAAACAGAUUUAUCCAAAAACAUGAAUACCGAUGAAUCUGCUGCAUUAGGUGCUGUUUAUAAAGCGGCAGAUCUUAGUCAAGGUUUUAAAGUCAAAAAGUUUAUAACAAAAGAUGCUGUUAUAUUUCCUAUUCAAAUUGUAUUUGAUAGAAAUGCAGAUGGCAAAAUAAAACAGGUUAGAAGAACUCUUUUUAAUAAGAUGAAUGCUUAUCCGCAAAAAAAGAUAAUUACAUUUAACAAACACAAUGAAGAUUUCGAAUUUCACGUAAACUAUGCAGAACUAGAUCAUUUGCCUGUUAAUGAAAUAGAUGCCAUUGGAAAUUUGAAUUUAUCAACUAUAAAAUUGACAGGUGUGGCUGAAGCUUUAGAAAAGCAUUCUAAAGAAGGAGCCGAAAGUAAAGGGAUAAAAGCUCAUUUUAACUUGGAUGACAGCGGUUUACUUAAUUUAAUAAAUAUAGAAUUGGUGUCAGAAAAAACAGGAAGCACCACUGAGGAAGAAGAGGGUACAUUUUCAAUGCUUGGUUCAACUAUUAGUAAAUUAUUUGCAGGUUCAGAUAAUAAGGAAAAAGAUGAAAAUACCGAAGAACCACCAAAAGAAAAUAUUAAGCCAGUGCACGAAGAGCCUGAAUAUCCAGAUCCUCAGAAAGAAAGUGAAGAUAAAUCUCAGAGUAAAAAUCAGACCAAAUUGAAUGAAGGCAAGGCAGGAAAUAAGACAGAGAAAUCUGAGAAGGAAAAGAAACCUGUUAUUGUAACGAUUAAAGAACCAAUUAAAGCCGAAGAAAUUAUAUUAGGUUCAAAGACAUUGGAUGAGAAGAAAUUUUCUGAAUCGGCUGAGAAAAUCCAUCAUCUUGAUCAACAUGAUCGAGAAAAAACACGACGUGAAACAGCUUUAAAUAAUCUUGAAGCAUUUGUGAUUGAUGCACAACAAAAAUUAGAAACGGAAUUGUAUAUAGCUGCAGCAACGUCUGGAGAAGCGGAGAAAAUAUUAAAAGCUUGCGCAGAAAUUUCAGAAUGGUUAUAUGAAGAUGGAUUUGAUGCAACCGCAGAAAUAUAUGAGGAAAAAUUAAUGAAAUUACAAAAGUUGACAAGUGACGUAUACGAAAGAGUUUUUGAACAUAAAGAACGGCCAGAAGUGUUGAAAGGAUUGGUGUCUAUGUUAAAUGGAAGUUCAAUGUUUUUGCGAAAUAUGCGUAAUAUAAGUCAAAGUAAUGAUAUGUUUACACAAGUAGAAAUUGAAACAUUGGAAAAAGUUAUCAACGAAACAAAGGAAUAUCAUGAUACAAUCGUUAAAUCGUUUGCUGAAACACCUUUAUACGAACCGAUAAAAUAUAAAGUUCGUGAUAUUGCAAACAAAAUGGCACUACUUGAUAGAGAAGUUAAAUAUCUUGUAAAUAAAGCUAAAAUUUGGAGACCAAAACCAGAAACAACGAAUAAUACGGAAAAUAAAACUGAUCAAGCAACAAAUGGAACGCAAUUGCCGAAUGUAGAAUCGACAUCGGUUCCUAAUACUGAUCCUGAUACUCAGUCAGAACAAUCUAAUCAGGAAAAUAUAGAAGAGGUAGGAGAUAAAAAAUUAGAAAAUAUAGUGAAAACAAAUACGACAGAUGCAACGGAGGAUACAUUAAAUUUACCAGAGAAUGAUCAUUCGAAAACGAAUAAUGAACAAAAUGAAGAAGAUGAAAAACAUCAAGAACUUUAAAAUAUAAUUUAUUUUCAAUGUGUGACGUUUCAUUAAUGAUCGAGCACAUAUCGAUCAGCAACUUAGGCGAAUCACCACUGUGUAGGACAAUUUUACGAAUGUAUUUAACAAAUCAAAUACGAAUAUUUACUGCGGCAUCUAUAGAAAUUAUUUCAUAUAAUUCGAAAAUAUUUUCCAUCAUUUAAUUAUUUAUAUGAAUUCAUAAAAAAAUGAUGGUAAUUAAUUCGUUAUAUUAUUAUGAUGCGUAAUCAAAUGCAGCACUGUCAAGCACAAAAAGACAUUACACUAUUACCGAACAUUUGUUAUCAAGUGCCAAGUCCUAAGCUGGCUUUAGAGCUAAUUCAUUUAUCUUUUUUUUCUCAAUUCAUCAAUUUAAUAAUUAUCAAAUUAUUAUAUUAAAUAAUUUUUUAAUAAUAUUUAAAUUAUUAAAUUGAAUAUAUUUAAAAAGAUCAAACGAAUAGCUGCAUGUUCAACAAUUUAUUGCAUUUGUUUUGUAAUUAUAAAGCAAAUAUGAUAAAACGAUUUGUAACAAAAUGUUAAAUAAAGUGUUCUAAUGAUGUGUGCGAGUGCGUGGGCCGGCCAUCGUCUUAUGCAGGUAACUAAUUGGUUCUAUCGCAUAUAUACGAAUAAACACACAGAUAUUUGUGUGCGUAUAUAUUUAUAUAAUAUAUAAAGAGGAGAGUGGGGAGAGGGGAAGAAAGGGGGAGGUGUUCAUGCUCCAAGGUAUUAAUUUGUGAUACGAGAUAACAUGUAUGCAUUAUUUUAGAAAUAAUUUUGUACCUAACUUAUCUUCUACAAUAAUAUAAUAGUAUUUCAAUGAAUGGUGGCA